AUGCUCUCUAUUUCGAUUCUUUUCUCCAUUAGUAUCUGCACAUUCAGACCGACAAGCCCGUCACCGUUUCAGGAAGAAGAGCUGCGGUCCGCUGCAGCCGUCUGCGACAGCACUCUCUCCAGUAAAAUUGCAGAGUUUUACGUGGAGAAAACACGUUUCCUGGAGGAGUUUGACAAUAAAAACAUAUCCGGUGAGGUCUUCACGCUGGCCAGAAGUAUGUGCUUCCUGCUAGGUGACAUGACUGAAUAUACUCUGGGCACUGGAGUCAUCCGCACGGAAGUCGAACUCAUUCAGACAGCACGGGAGAUAUCACAACUUGGAAGUCGUUUGAAGUACCUAUGCAACAGCAUUGUUGAUCAGUGUCCCGACUCCAUUCACAAACGGGACCUGCUGAUGUACAUGAACAGGAUUGCACUCUACUCACACCAGUUAAACAUCUUAAGUCGCGUGAAGGCAGACGUAAGAAACCUGUCCGGCGAACUAGGCUUGGAUAAUGCGCUGUCCUUGGUGGUGUCCGCAAAAAACCUCAUGUCCGCCGUUAGUGCCGCCGUCAAGGAGAGCUACAUAGCAACAAAACUGCCCGGCACAGCGCAGACCCCAGAUCUCUGCUGGCAACUGCCAAUUCCUCAUCAAAGACCCCUGCUCGAGGUCUCAACCGGAGGCCUCCAAAGUCCCGUGGACUCACCUCGGCAGACUUUUAACCAGUUCCAACGAGUGGAUCAUGUCACCUAA